GAAAACAAAAGGAAUUGGCUAUGGCAUCAACUUCUUUCGCCAAGCAGACUGCUGUGCCUAUGAAGGAACCAGUGUCUAGCUAUAGUCCAUAUCCACCACCUCUUGCAAGAUAUGAAGAUGUUGUUGCUAGUCCUAAGCUUUUUUUGGCUACUUUGGAGAAGCUCCAUGGCACCAUGGGAACCAGGUUCAUGAUUCCCAUCAUAGGAGGAAAGGAGUUGGAUCUGCACAAACUUUUUGUGGAGGUAACAUCUCGUGGUGGAAUUGAAAAGCUUGUAAGAGAGAGGAGAUGGAAGGAAAUUACUGCUAUAUUCAACUUCCCUUCCACCGCUACAAAUGCAUCUUUCGUGCUGCGCAAGUACUAUGUUUCCCUGCUUCAUCACUAUGAACAAAUCUACUUCUUUAAAGCCCGUGGUUGGGUCCCUGUUCCUUCCGAUCCUCUUCGAAACCAACUUAUUCCACCGAUUCCUACUCAUGGGGCAAUGCGGCCAGCAGUAGAAAUUCAUGCAGCUGCUGUCCAGCAACCAAGAGUAAAUAUCGCCGAGUCGCCUGCAGUAAGGCCAGCAUCAGCAGCAGGCUCUCCCGUGAUUGGGGUGAUUGACGGGAAAUUCGAGAGUGGAUAUCUUGUUACUGUCACCAUUGGUUCGGAGAAGUUAAAAGGUGUCUUGUAUCAAGCUUUACAGGAUGCAGCACCCCAAGUGCCACAUCAAUAUGGUGUAUAUGCCAGCAGGAGUGAGACCGCUCAUGCUUCAUCAGGUGUGCAACGUCGGAGGCGUAGGAAGAAAUCCGAGAUAAAACGGAGGGAUCCUGCUCAUCCAAAACCUAACAGGAGUGGGUAUAAUUUCUUUUUUGCCGAGCAACAUGCAAGACUGAAACCACUUCACCCUGGAAAGGACAGAGAGAUUAGUAGAAUGAUUGGUGAAUUAUGGAACAAGUUAACCGAAUCAGAAAAAACAGUCUAUCAAGACAAAGCUCUGAAAGAUAAAGAACGAUACAGAAUCGAGAUGGAGGAUUACAGGGAAAGAUUAAGGACAGGUCAAGUCAUCAGUGAUGCAGUGCCCCUACAGCAACGACUUCCCGAACCAGAUGUAGAAAUGACAGAAGCAGAUAUGAAGCUUGAUAAAACCGAAGGUGGUGAUUCUCCUGAGACUCAAGAACAUGAUAGCAGCUCCGAUGGAAGUAAUUCCGAAGACGAUAAAACUAGAGAUAAGGAUUUAGAUAGGGAAGAAUCUCUGGUUACAGGUGUCGGCAGUAAGCCUAUGAACGAAGACGUGGAGAUUUCAGGUCCUGCGGAUCGAGAAGUUCAGGAUUUAGGGUGA